CUGGAAAGUUAUAAUACUUAGAGAUAACUACAUAGAAAACUUUUCAAAAUAUCGUAAUUAAAUUUUUUUUCUUCUAUAAAAUAGUUUAAAUCUCUGAAGAUAAAUAAAAGCACUAUAGUAUUUAUAGCUACGAAAUAGAUAGUAAACAGACUGCCCAGUCUGCCUAGUCAAAAAAUUAAAAGGUGAAGUAAAACACAGAAUACAAAAUAAUAAGCAACAAAAAUGCUCUUUAAAUUAAAUUUUAUAAAAAAUAAACAAUUAAAACGACUUCUUGAACAUAGUUCAUAUCUGACAAUAAUAUUUGUGUUAGUGCCAGCAUUUUUGUAUUUUGAAAUAUGUAUAGUGCUACCGACUGUAGUACAGGAGUGGACUAUACCAUACUAUUUACAUUACAUAUGUGCAACCUUUUUAUUAAUGAAUAUUUUAGGAAAUAUGAUUUUUGGUAUGUUCACUGAUACUAGUAUAAGGGGAAAACAUUUGGAUUCAGAAAAUAAAGAUGAUUGGACUAUGUGUGCGGUGUGUGAGUGCUUAAGGCCACCUCGAGCUUGGCACUGUGAUACUUGUGAUAUUUGUAUCUUAAAAAGAGACCAUCAUUGUACAUUCUUUGCUUGCUGUGUGGGUUAUUAUAACCAUAGAUAUUUUAUGUGCUUUACUUUCUAUAUUUUUAUUGCAAUGUUUUAUUCUUUUUACUAUAACAUAUUUUUCUUGAGCAAAUUUUUAAAAUGGAAUCGAGGACUAAUUAUAGGAAAGUUUGUGUUUCCGCUCGCAGCCUUCGUCAUUGAUUUUGGGGAAGAAAGUAUUUAUGUAUUUUUAGUUGAAAUAAAUUUUAUUGUAGGUGUGUUCACUGGUUUCCUAUUUCUUUAUCAUUUUAACAAUUUAAUCAAGGGGAAAGUGACACCUGAAAGAAAAUCUUGUUCUAAGGAAAUUUCAUAUAAUAAGGGUUUAAAAUUAAACCUUAUUGAAGUCUUUGGAUCCAAAUGGUAUUUUACAUGGAUCUCUCCAUUUAUAAAUAGUCCACUUCCAGGUAAUGGUAUUGAAUGGGUUGUAGAAAAUAAGUGUCAAUAACAAUAUUCUGUGUAUGAUACAACUUGUUUCUUGAGAGGUUAAGUCUUUUAAACUUAUUUCUAGUCUGUUGUAGUGAUUAUUAAAAGAUAGUUAAUUAAAGCUUAUUUAAUUAAGGGUCCAAAGUAAAACUAGAUUAAAAUAUUGUUGUAAAGAGUGUUCAUAUUAUAAUUAUUAUGUGACCAUUUACUGAUUUAUAGAUCAAAUGCACAAUUUUAUUAAUUCUAGUGUGCUUAAUUAUUUAUUUAUUUGAUUAAUAUUCAAAAUUAUUGAAUUAGGAAUAAAUACACUAUACAACUUUUUAUGAAUUUACAUAUUUGUUAUUUAAUCAGAAAGAACUGAAAAUUGUUGAAUUUUACAAUAUAUUGAAAUGUAUAACCAAUAUACAAAUGUUCAGGUAUACUCUUUUUAUAUUUUAUAAUUUUAUGCAACUACAUAUUAUGCUUGAUGAUGUGCCAAGUAUUGGUACUGGUGGACAAAAAAGAUUGUAUAUAAUGAAUAUGUGGUAUGAGGUAAAUUUAAAGUCGUCUAUAAUCAUAAAAUGAGGAGAACAUGUUACACAACUAUAUGCAGGUUUCAAUUUCGCGCCAUAAAUUGGUUUCCAUUAUACAUUUUAACCAAUAGCACAGAUUUUGUAAUUAAUUAUAAUAAAUAAUGUUUUUUCUAUAAUCAACUACCAAGUAUGUAAUUAUAUUCGGCACCGUCAGAUAUAGAGUAUUGUCGAAAUAAAUCAAAUAUAUGUCAUUCAUUUGUGCCACAAGGGCCACAUGCCACAAACUCAGGACCUUAGAAAGUUAGGAAAGCUCUUCAGACACAUUUGGGUUUGUAUGGUGUGUAUUAUUUUAUAUGAGAAAAUAAUAAUAUGUUAAUUGUCCGUCCAUUAAUAAAAUUAUAAAAUUCAAACAUGUUUUUUUUUCUUCUUACAAUGUACUCAUAUUGGAAGGCUUUGUAUUUAUUUUAUUUUGUUACCUACCAUUAUUAUAUUUAAU